CCCAAACGGAAUUUACAAGAACGAAAUUGAUUUUAUCAUGUCUAAUAAUGCAAAAUAUAUCAAAGAUGUUUCCAUCAUACAUAACUUAAAUUUUAAUUCGGAUCAUAAAAUGGUUCGUGCUAAACUAACAGGAACGAAAAUAAAGACUAAAAGACAAUUUCGCACAGACAACUCAUCCAUUUUAUGUACCGGCAAUAUCACUCAACUUAUAAGUAACUUGCAGAAAGAAAUAAAUAAAAAGUCAAUAUACCAACUACCAAUCCAGGAACAAUACGCGAAACUUAUAAGCCUAUUGAAAACAGAAACCAAAAAAGUAAAUACAGAUAGCAAAAAAGUGAUAUCGGACGAAACAUACCAACUAUUAAAAGAAAGGAAAGAAUUAUUACAAAAGAAAGAAAAGAAAAAUUACCGUCCCAAAAUAUCAGAACUCAGUAAAAAAAUUAAUGUAAAUAUCAGAAAAGACAAGAAAAUUAAAAGACAAAAUACACUAAAGAAACAUAUUGAAAAAACAGGUGGAAUUAAAAAGGCAAUAAAGGAAUUAAAUAGUAAAAAAGAAUGGAUGUUAAAAGUGAAGACAAUGGACAAUAAAGCAUUCGACUCCUUAGAGCAUGAUUACAUCUGGGAAGCACUGCGUAUACAGGGGAUACAGGGCAAGUACAUAAAAUUACUCCAGAACAUAUAUUCUAAAAGCACAGCUCGAGUUAGACUAGAAACUACAGGAGAAGAAUUUCCUAUAGAGAGAGGGGUUCGUCAAGGGGAUCCAAUUUCACCCAAGUUGUUUUCAGCGGCGCUAGAGAUUAUAUUCAGAAAUCUGCAAUGGGACCACGAAGGACUGGAUAUAGAUGGUGUAAAGUUAAAUCACUUACGGUUUGCAGACGACAUAAUUUUAUUUUCAGAAUGCCCAAAACAACUUGAGCAAAUGCUACAACAACUGUCAGAUCAAAGCGCGAUAGCAGGGCUUACAAUAAACACAGCGAAAACAAAAAUUAUGACGAACACCUCACAGUCAUAUAACAUCAGAGUCAAUGCACAGGAAAUAGAAUACGUGGAAGAGUACGUAUAUCUAGGACAACUCGUAGCCGCAAGAGAUACUAUGCAUAAGGAAAUAGAUAGAAGAAUAUCUAACACAUGGAAAAGAUACUGGUCCCUUAGUGAAAUAAUGAAAAAUGAAGACAUGCCGCUUAAAGAGAAGAGAAAAGUAUAUAAUAUCUGCAUUUUACCAUGCUUAACAUAUGGUUGCCAAACAUGGGCAUUAACAGAAAAAUUAAUGAACAAAGUAAACGUAUGUCAAAACGGAAUAGAGAGAAGUGUAAUUGGGGUAAAAAGAUUGGAUAAAAUAACAUUAGAAGAAAUAAAAUAUAUUACUAAAUUUAAGGAGGCAAAAAAGACAUGCAAGACUUUAAAAUGGAGAUGGACGGGACAUAUGAUAAGAGAUACAAACGAGAAAUGGACAAAAAUGAUAACGGAGUGGUAUCCUAGGAAUGGAAAAAGAAAUAAAGGGCGACAAAUGAAACGUUGGGAAGAUGACCUGAAGAAGGUGGCUGGUCCAGUGUGGAUGAGAAUAGCGAGAGACAGAUCAAUGUGGAAAAAAUUAGAGGAGGCCUAUGUCGAAGGACAAGCUGUUUGA